AUGUACGUGAGCAAUUGCGUUGUCAUGGCUGCCGCCGUAUAUAGAACCUCUGCCAGUAGCCCCCCAAACGAAACAACCAUCACAGAAAUCAGUAGUGGAGUCAAAGAUUCGCUUUCGAGAUUGCCACCUGCUCUCCUUAAACGUCACCUCACAGAUAAGUUCGUCCAGGCUAUGAAAGCAACCAAGACAUCCGCAUCGGACGAUCUGAAUCUUAGUUAUACCCCAGGCGCAGACCAACAAUCAAUGCAUCACUCAAGACUCUACGCAGCCACCGAACGACAUCUUACAGUGUUCAUCAUGAACCAAUCCGAAAGUACGGCAAAUCCCAUCGUCAAACAACCCUCCCAGGCCCUCCAAAUCAUAUCCGAAGACAGAAAAGAGGCCCCACCACCAGACUCAUCCCGACAGAUUCCAGAAGCAGCAACACACUGCUCGCGAUAG